CUGAGUUCGACUCUGUAGUUAAUACGACGUGAGGCAACGUAACGUCGUAUUCGCCUUUUCAAGCUUCAUAUCGUUUCCUUGGUCUGUUCCAAAUUAGCUUGUUUAGGCGACACGCACACCUGUCAACUGCAAUACAUCUUGUAACUGUUACAAGCAUUCAUUCUGCCGGAAUUUUCCUGAUUUCUCUUCUUCUACGGCUUAAACUAGACGAUAACGGAUAAUUUUUUUCAUUUAUAUACUGUUUCACAUAGUUUUUCAAGAUGAUGGGAGCAAACAAAAUUGUCUCCAAAAUGUUUCGUGCGAACACAAGCAAUAUCCUCAAAAAAGGUGAAAUGAGCGAAUUGCAGAAAGGCUUGGUUUCUCAAUAUGCAAAUGAAAGAAUUGAGGCAAUUAAAAAAACAAUUGCUGCUAUGACCGUUGGCAAAGAUGUUUCUAGUCUAUUUCCCGACGUUUUGAAGAAUGUUGCUACUCGUGACCUCACUUUGAAAAAACUUGUUUAUUUAUAUCUGAUGAACUAUGCCAAAACACAUCCUGAUCUUUGUAUUCUUGCUGUAAAUACGUUCGUUAAGGAUUCGGAGGAAUACAACCCAACCAUUCGUGCGUUGGCCAUUCGCACUAUGGGUUGCAUCCGCGUCGACAAAAUUCUCUCCUAUUUAGCAGAUCCAUUGCGGAAAGCACUCACAGACGAGCAUCCUUAUGUGAGAAAGACGGCUGCUGUUUGUGUUGCUAAAGUCUAUGACAUUGAUCCAAAGUUUUGUGUCGCUAACGACUUCUUGAAAUUGCUGACCGAUUUGAUUGACGAUGCCAAUCCGAUUGUGGUCGCGAACGCAGUUACUGCUCUCAUCGAGAUUCAUGAUACGUCUAUUGAGAAGAAUGUAUUUUUUGUAAACGCAGAAAUGGCAGAUCGCCUGCUUGUGGCAUUAAACGAAUGUACAGAAUGGGGUCGAAUUAGCAUCUUGAAUGCACUUUCUCGCUUUGAGACUGACAAUAUCAAAACACUUGAACACAUUUGUGAACGAGUAAUUCCACAGUUGCAACAUGCAAACAGUGCUGUUGUCCUUGCCAGCGUCAAAGUCAUUAUGCCACACAUCGAUCGCUUUGAAAAAUCGUUCAAUGAAAUGCUCUAUAAAAAGAUGGCUCCUCCGUUACUUUCUCUCAUGUCAGCGGAACCAGAGGUACAAUAUGUUGCUUUAAGGAAUAUUAUCCUUAUUCUGCAAAAGAAUCCUAAUAUCUUUGACCCGACUACCCGCGUAUUUUUCUGCAAAUUCAACGAUCCUCUGUAUGUGAAGCUGGAAAAGCUGCGUGUUCUCACUAUGCUAGCAUGCGAAGAAAAUGUUUCUGAAAUUCUGUUGGAAGUCAAAUCCUACGUGGCCGAAGUUGAAAUGGAAUUUGUCAAGAAAGCAAUUGCCUGUAUUGGCGAAAUUAGUAUUAAAGUCCCUUCGUCCGUGGAAACAUGUGUGUCCAUUCUCGUCGAUCUCUAUGCAACGAAUUCAAGCUAUGUAAUGCAGGAGGCAACCGUUGUUUCUGAAGUUAUUCUCCGGACAUAUCCUCAAAUGCAGAGCUCCUUGUUGCCAUUUAUUGUUACAGUGUUUGAUGAUUUGGACGAUCCCCGAGCCAGAGCUAGCAUUGCAUGGAUCCUUGGUGAAUUUUGCACCGAGGUUGCUAACGCUGGAACAUUGCUUUCUUCCAUGGUGGAUGUUAUUGAUGAGGAAGAAACACAAGUGCAGCUUGCCGUUUUGACGGCAGUCGUCAAAUUGGCCGUAUUGGAACCUAGCGGACAGCAGCUCUUGCAGAAGAUGAUCCAAUUUGCGCUUGAGCGUAAUGAAAACCAGGACCUUCGGGAUCGUGCCAUUAUUUAUCAACGGUUUCUGCAGCAGUCAGAAUCUGGUCUCCGCAAGAUCAUGCUCAACCCCAAACCCGCCUUGUCCUAUCAAACAGAUGUUCCUCCAGCACUUUUGGAUUCAUUGUUGAGCGAAAUUACGACUCUUGCUUCCGUUUACCACAAACGACCCGAAUCAUUUAUCGGAUACGGCAAAUUCGGUGCUGAGGCCAUUCAACGCAAAGCUGUUGAAGAACUUGCCAGUGAGGAGGAAGCUACAAAGACUGCAAUUACUACGGGUGAAAAUGUUGAGAACCUUUUGGAUAUUGACUUUUCCUCUUCUACCGCAACACCUACGCCUACUUCGCAACCUUCUACCCAUGCAAUGGACUUAUUUAAGGCCUUUGAAGCAUCACCCAAUCCCACGUCCUCGACAUCUUCGCCCGCUCCCUCUGCGCCAUCAGAGUCAUCUUCCCACAUUCGUGAUAUCCUCGACUUGUAAGCAACUAUCCGGUAUUGCUGCUUAAGAGAUUGUUCUCUAAAUCGUUGUUGUUUCAUUAUUGCUGGUCACGUUUCUUUUUCAUUGUAGUUUUUUCUUUCUUUUUGUGAUCCUUUCCUUAUUCUAAGCGUGAACAGAAAACUUUUUAAUAUGUUUCCCGGGAAUUACGACCAUUGACACAUUUCGAUUACGACCUAUGCAGCGCGUCAGUAAUAAGAACGAACUAGUCGUAGACUGCAGCUAGACUCUCGGCACACAGUCUCCUAUGUUCACAUGCCCAUACCUUGAUUCCAUUCUGUUGUGUUUGCCAAUAUAGCACUACCUUCAUGGUCUGUGCACAUGAAAUCUCCGAAAAAGACUCGACCGUCCGAGACUUCAAUACGAACAGAUUUAUUCAACCAACUCUCAAGCAAUUGUCUUGGCUCUUUCUGCAUAUUGAGAUCUGUUGGUUGGUACAUGCUGCGUAACUUUUGGCUUAUAUCUUUCAGCAUCCUUAUGCGCUGAGGAUGAAAAGAGCUGCAGGGAUUGGCAAUUUUUAUUGUCUGUUUUAUGAUGAGAACACGUACUUAGAUUCGUUUACAUAUACACUUACAUAGCCAAAAAUGCAACUACUCUCUCUUUACCAAAAA